AUCACAAUUUUUCCACAUCUGCGCAGUUACACAGCGCUCCAAAUGGUCCAGAAAAAAACCCUGGCAGCACGUUUUACCCUAAGCAGAAGUUUUUAAAUCUGAGAUAAUACCCGCAACCGCCGCUGCACGGCAGCAUUUUCACGCAUGCACCCGUCUCAUCUGUGUUUCACUCGGUGAUGUGGUGUGUAGGCAGGAGGGGGGGAAAGUUGUGGACAUGUUUUCCUGGAAGUGCACGGUUUUGCGGAUACAGUGUGCAACAGUGUAACUACGGCGUUAAGAAGCCUCCCGUUGCCCCAUCGGGACUUUGGAGCGUCUUUCCGUGUUGCUGUCAAACCGCCUGAUCGCCAUAUUGUGCGCAGCGAAACUCGAUGGAAACUUGUCAGAGUUGUGACAUUUGCUGCGCACAAGCUGUCUAUGGAGCUGCGUGGAGUCGGCUUUGAUCGAAACCUUAAAGUGACUCCAUGGAGCCGAUCAGAGGGUCGUUUUUGCACCAUUGAUCAGGUCUAGCUCCCCUGAAGAUGUUGAGAAGAAUGGACAGCAGACCUCAGAUUUAAUUGCUGAAAGACGACUGCAUGUUCCCCACCCUGCACUUUCCUUUGGGAUUUUAUGUUUCCUCCGAGAUACCUCUGUAUACACAAUUAAAGAAUUUCUCGACCGCGGGCAGCGGUAGCACACUAAGGAGGGAUACACCAAGUUUUGCACGAUUAUAAAUUCAGUCGAAAGCCAUUUUCUAAUCUUAGGAGACUGCUAUGAGUCUUCCUUCUCAGGUUAAUACUGACAAGAGCAAACACCGGACUCCAGUCAUGAAAGAUGGAGUGCAGCACCCGGGGGAGGUUUAUUAUGGUAUGGGCUCUCCUGCUUUAAAAGGGAGCCAUAGUGACUCAGCAAGCGGGUCUGGUGUUUACAACCCAGAGAAAGGCCACCAAAAUCUGCCACACUAUCAGCAGCCUUCUGCUGUGAAGUGGAUGCAGGACCCCUUACAGACACCGGGGUGGAACCAGGAGGCUCCAGUGGCAGGUUGGGGCCAGAGCUUUGGCCCGUACACAAGUAGUGUGAACAUCAGGGAACAGAUAGCCUUCCAUAAAGGAGUUCAUGAAGGCCUAGCGAUGCCGAUGGCAGCGGAAAACCAGCUGACAGCCCCCGCUGAGGUUUACAGAGACGCCAGCCAAGCUCAAACUCAGGGAAGGGGGCUUGAAUGGGAGCAGCACCCCACUGCUGCUGCUGUAAUGCAUCAGGCCCAGCUACAAGCCUAUCAGCAUGGCCACAAGGGUGUGGAUCUCCAGGGGCAACCCCAUGUGCCAGCUCACACCAUGCAGGGGCCCAUUCUGCAGCCUUUCCAGACCUCAUUCAGAUCCAACAAGCAGCAGUUUUCAUCAGGUUACUACUCCAUUUUCCCAGCAAACAAGGGAAUAAUCUACGGAGAGCAGCCUAAAACUCAGCAGCAGAUCCUGCAUCAGAUGCAGCAGCAGCAAAUGCAUCACCAUCAACAGCAGCAGCAACAACAGCAGCAGCAGCAACAACAACAACAACAGCAGCAACAGCAACAGCAGCAACACAUUCACCAGCAGCUUCAGUUGCAGCAGCAGCACAUGCAGCAACACCAAAUGCAACAGCACCAAAUUCAGCAUCAGCAACAGCAAAUGCAGCAAAUACAGCAACAGUAUCACCAGCAGCAGCUGCAGGAGCAGCAACUUCAGCAGAUGCAGCAACAGAUACAGCAACAGAAUGUUCCACAGCCUGAAACAACACAACCUCAAGUCCAACCAAACCUGCAGCAGCAGACCCAAAGUUUUGGAGCUUAUCCGCCUCCUGACCCUCUUCCACCAGACUCUGGAGCGAACAAAGAAGACACACAACCAAUGGAGAUGCAUCCAGAAGCCCAAACCGGAGACGCAUCUGCACUACCCGAUCCGUCCUCUGAAAAGGUUGCCACCACAAAUCCUUUAGACGCUGUGGACUCAGCCCCCGCUGCCCCUCGGCGCUCGCGACGCCUCUCCAGAGAGGGAGAGUCCCCGCUGGGUUCUCCUCCCGGAAACAUGUGGUCCCAACCCUCCAAAGAGCCGCUGCUGCCUCCGCCGCCACCGCCCCAGAAUGGAGUAGCAGGUGUCACAGCUGCAAAAGGAGCGGACAGCCAAGCAGCAACAGGAGGGGUCAUACAGAUCACCCGCAGGAGGAGGAGGGCGUCCAAAGAGAUCAACUUGGAGACCCUUGCUCAAAAGGCUUCGGAAAUGGAGUCCCUGCCUGCUAAAGCUGCCAAGGAAGAUGCCCCGUCCGCCAUAGUGCCCUUGGUGAUCCCAGUUUCUGUGCCUGUGCACAAGAGCCAGGCAGAGUCUCAGGGCGGCUGGACUCAAGGCCGGGUUGGCCAGGGCGAGCGCACCGCGGGUCAGGCGGAUCGAAAACCCUCCGUGAUCGUGGCUCGCCGCCGUUCGCUCAGAAACUCUGUGACCGAGAGUUUUGGCCAGGAUGCCGAAAGCGAUUCAGGAAUGGAAGAGGACGGAAAGGCUAAGUUCAAGCGCCGGACUCGUCCAGAGCCCCUCAUCAUCCCUCCCCACAAACCAUCCACCUUCAUCCCCCCAUCCGUAUACUCCAGCAUCACCCAUUACCAGAGCAACCUGCGCUCUCCGGUCCGCCUGCCAGAUAACCUACACUCCCUCCCCCCCUAUACGCCUCCUCCCAUCCUGUCGCCUGUCCGAGGAGGAACGGGUCUCUACUUCUCCGCCUUCCUCACCAACAUCGCCGUAAGCAACCAGAUCCUGCCACCUCCAGCUACCCCAAAGUCCGCAGCUCGUAGCCUGCUGCGUUCCACGAGUUCAGAGAUCACACCUCCAGUCUUGCCCUUGAUCACUGAUGCCACACCAGUGUGCCUUGAACCCCGUAUCAAUAUCGGGCAGCAGUACCAAGCAGAAAUACCCGAUUUGCAAGAUCAGCCAUCUUCCCAGAUGGACCAGCAUAAAGCCGACUUGGUCUGGCAUCCUCUGAAUAACUCCAACCAGAAACAAAGCAACGAGGAGACCAUAGAGCAUUUUAUGAACUUGGCUUGUUCAAGUGUUUUCAGUGGAGGAGGAACCAAUCAGGAGCUGGCUUUACACUGUUUACAUGAAUGCGGAGGCAAUAUCCUUGAAACAAUGGAGUGUUUGAUGCUUCAAGAUCCAAUUUUCCCCAAAGGCCAUCACCUGGCAGAUUAUCACUACUCAGGCUCUGACAGCUGGACAGCGGAGGAGAAGUGUUACUUCAACAAAGGGAUCUCUGCCUACAGGAAGGACUUCUUCCUGGUGCAGAAACUGGUGCAGACUAAGACUGUUGCUCAGUGCGUGGAGUUCUACUAUUCAUAUAAAAAGCAGGUGAAAGUCGGUCGAAACGGUAUCUUAACUUUCGGCCCCCCAGAUUCGCCUGUGGAGAAGCACUCUGAGGCUGUGGUGGACGUUAAGAGCUCACAUCAGCACAGAUUAGCUCAUGGGGAGGCAGAAGAAGAAGAAAAGAAGGAAGUUUCUUUUUAUGACGAUAGUCAAGAAACCAACCAGCAGGCGAGGGUGACUCAGUCACUACAAGCUCAUGACUAUGUAACAGGGACAGUUCUGGUCAUCAAAGAGCCAAACCCAAUGAGUAAAGAGGCUCAUCAGUCAUCGGUGCCUCACAGGCCUCGGGCUGAAGCCGCCGCAAAGAAGCCCAAACCUCCACCAAAACCGCCGCAGGACCCCAAUGAAGUGUUUCCAUGCAAGAAAUGUGGCAGGGUGUUUCAUAAAGUGAAGAGUAGAAGUGCCCACAUGAAGAGCCACGCGGAGCAGGAGAAGAAGGCUGCGGCUCUGCGGCAGAAAGAGGAGGAGGAGAAAGCAGCAGCGCAGGCUCGAGCCAGGAAGGCGGCGGCGGCAGCAGCAGCAGCUGCAGCGGCGGCGGCGGCUCAUCAGGGAGGAGAGGGGGGUGGAGCUGCACAGCAGGGGGAGAACAGCAGCCAGGAGGACUCAUCCGAAGGCGAGGAUGAUGAUGAUGAAGACUGGCACUGAGUAUGAACAAAACAGGGAAAAGAACCUCAAAGCAGGGGAAUAUUAUGCAAACUGCAUGCAAAGAUGAACAAAUGGAUGAAAGGGUUAAAAAAAACAACCAAAGUGUUGCCUGCAAAUGGGCAGAAUAAGCACAAAAACUUUGGUUUUCAUGUCUUCCUGUUAAUCUUUACACUGUUUUUUUUUUUUUUUUGACCAAAACUGUCUCAGUUUGACUGUUUUCCAGCUUCACACCAUCAGCCUGGCUGUCACACUCCACAUGCUCAGAUACAGCGUCUAAAUACUCAAGAGUUUGUUUUUUGUAAGACGCACUUACAGAGUCUCUGUGCUUUUGCCAAUAUUGCCUUUUUAUAUCUUUUUAUUUAAUUUCAAAUAUAUCAAAUUAUUUUGCGUUCUCAUCUUGUGAUCGAAACUAUUAAGAGACAAGAUCAGUUAAAUCUGUCCUUUAUCAGCUGGAGCCCGUUUGACUAAACUUUGAAGGGCUUGAAUGUAAAAACUAAAAUGGGCUCAAUAUCAAAAUUUUCCCAGAUUAUUACGUUUGUUCUAGACUUUAUUUUUAAAAUUUCUAUAAUGGACCUUUUUGAAAUAAAAAUGUAAAAAAACUAAAUAUUUAUGAUACAGCAUUUGCAAUGAUCUUGGUAAUAUAAAAAAUAAUCAUGUUGGCUUUAUUAUGGUAAAUUGAAAGUAUAUAUUAAAAAGUCUAUUGUUCAGA